GUUGAUAAUUCAUUAUUUUUUAUUUUUAUAAUUAUUUUCUGAACACUAUACGUUAUAUAAAAUUUAGAUAUUUUUCUAACUUCAUUCAGAAUUCUGACAAUAUUGUAUUUUAACAAGAAAUUCGGAAUUUCAACCAUUCUGUAUACAAGUGAAUCUGAUUUGGUGAACAAAGGACUAUGCAAUGGAAUCUUCAAUAGGUAUGGUAGCGGAAUGCAACUGGAAAAGGAUUGGUGGCUGCGAAUUAUCACAAAGCGUACAAACUAGAAUAACACAUGAGGACAUUUUUAUAAGACCGCCUUCGGAUGAAAUUAUAAGUGAUGAAAAUGCCGUUCUCCUGCAAAAGGGGGAAUCCAAUGAAGCAUGUGAACUGCUGGUUCGUUUAAAACGACCUUUUUACAAAAUUGACUCCUUAUCUCUAGUAUGUACAGCUCCUAAACUCGAACUCUUUCUGGGACCACUUAAGGAAUAUGCAGAGACUUUGUACGGUGAAAUUGCGGACGAUGAAGAUGAUAAUGGCGCUAAUGAAGCAUUCUCAUAUCGUUAUGAUAUUGAAGUGCAGAAGUCUGGCAUUACUGAGUUGAUACUUAAGUUACUCACAACGACUGACGAUAUCUGUAUAUUUGGUGUUUUAAUACAAAUCGCACCGAACCCGAAUGGCAUAACGACGGGCACAGAAAUUAAUAUGGAAAAUGUACAAAAAAUGUUAAGUAACACGGGACAGAAAAUAUCACCAAGCGCUGAGAAAUGCAUGUUAUUUAUGCAAACAGCCAAACAAAUGAAGGGUAUUGGAGGCAAUGCCCAAUCCUCCACAGCACUUUUGGAACAUAUGAAGCAAGCGCUGGCUAACCGCGAAGCGCCUUCAACGGAACUCGAAGCGGCAUUAAAGACUCAUAUAGAUAAUAAGUUUGAACAACUAGAGCGUAACAUUACAACACAUUUAAAUACGAUGCUGUCCGAACAAAACGAAAAGCUUGAUAAAAUUCUACAACUUAUGGAAAAUGGCAAACUUGAUUAACAUACUAAUAGAUUUAAUAAUUUUCAAUUUCUUUUUAAUAAAGUGACAAUAGAUGUGUA